AUGAAGGAUCGUGAGAGCCGACCAGUAGCUCUCCGUGUCAUCCCGGCGGAAGAUGCAAGCUGGGAAGAGGUGUUCCGCUUGGCGCGGCUGAACAACUCCUUAACGGAGCUACGGACGGAGGUGGUCCGCACCGAACGCACACGGAGGGAUCAUCUGAUCCUCCGUCUAAAGCAGAAUGCAGAUGGUCCACGAAUGCGGGACCAAGUUUCCAAAGCCAUUGGAUCGCGCGGGGUGACCACGAUCAUUGCUGAGAUGGCGUUUAUCUCGGCAAACAAUGUGGAUCCCCUGGCGACGCCGGAGGAGGUGGCCGCUGAGCUGAAGGCUCAGUAUGGCGUGGCCAUCCCUGCAGAAACCAUAACGUUGCACGCGUACCCUAAUGGGUUGCAACGUGUUAGGGCGCGUGUGCUACGCAGCGAGGCAAUGCUGUUGGACGGCAAGAAGCUGAGGCUUGCGAUCCAGCAUGCGCGUGAGGAUCGGGCGGACGUUGUCCUUCUGUCCGAUCCGCAUCGCGUACCCACGAACAACGGGAACUGGGUCGCAGAUGAGUCCGGGAGUGUCGCAAUCAUCGCGACAGGUAGGUCGCCAGUUCAGAGAGUGCUAGCGACUGGAGUGCCGUGGGUGACAGCAGCCGUCAUUGAUGGCGUGCUCUUCAUCUGCUGCUACGUUCGGCCUCUAGUCAACGUUGAGCGCUUUGUGCAGGUGCUGGAAGCCGUAGAGAUGGUGGCAAUGGGUCACCAGCGGAUCGUCCUCGCUGGAGACUUCAACGCCAGCCAUGAAGAGUGGGGCAGCCCUCGCUCGUCCCUUAAGGGCGAGGAGCUGCUGCUGACCUGCGAACGGCUAGGCUUGAAGGUGCUCAAUCGCGGCAACACACCCACCUUCGUAGGGAACGGGGUUGCCAGCAAGAGCAUUGUCGACGUAUCCUUCGCCAGCCAUGCCCCACCGAGAGCACCAAGCACGGAGCGCCGAGACAGAUCGCGGACAAUAACGAGGUGGAUGAUCACCAGGUUCAGCCCGAACAUCUUCGCUGAACUAUUGGUCGAUCUCCGGCUCGAUGUUACGGCGAAGGAUGUCAAAGCCCUGAUGAAGCUUCUACGCGAAGCUUGCAACGCUACUAUGCCGAGGCAGCAGUCGGGCCUGGGAGGCAACCGCUCGGCCUUCUGGUGGAACCCUCAGCUGGCGGAGUUGACUCCGCCACGAUGGUGCCACCCUGCGAUGGAGUGGCCGGAGCCAUCACUGACGGCGGCGUCGUCAGUCCGCCCCGUCUCCGAGGACGAGCUGCUGGCCAUCGCUGCUUCGCUGAACCCGCGAAAGGCCCCAAGCAUCGAUGGAAUUCCCAAUGGCGCAUUGACGGUGGCCAUUCGGACGAGUCCUGGUACGUUCUGCCGCAUUUACCAGGACCUCCUGGACAGAGCUAAGUUCCCGGCGCAGUGGAAGCGCCAACGGUUGGUGCUGCUGGCGAAACCGGACAAACCACCGGGUCUGCCGUCAUCGUAUAGGCCCCUAUGCAUGCUUGACACUGCCGCUAAAGUGUUUGAGCGCAUAGUCCUGAAUCGGCUCAACGAGCACUUGGAGCAGGUCGACACUCCCCCUCUCUCCCCCGCCCAGUGCGGCUUCCGUAGAGGGAGAUCGACAGUGCAAGCCAUUCAGGAGGUGGUGGCCCGAGGUUUUAUUGGUACCCUAAUUGGCCACCCUAAUUUAUUGUGGAAGAGACAGAAACUGGUACUGCUGCCGAAGCCAGAUAAGCCACCAGGACAGAGCUCCUCGUAUCCCGCACUGUGUAUGUUAGACACGGUGGGAAAGGUGUUGGAACGCCUCAUCCUGGACAGGUUGAACGAGCACCUGGAGGAGGCGUCACUGCGGCAACUGUCGGACCGGCAGUUCGGUUUCCGUCGGGGCCGGUCAACGGUGGAUGCGGUCCGUAGGAUAGUUGAGGCACGAAGAACAGCCAUGUAG